AUGACUGCAGAGUAUACCCGUGAAAACUAUGAAGCCAAGGUUUCUGACUUUUACUCUGGGCUGAAGCCCAGGUUCCUCAACCUCUUGUCGGAUGUGGGUGCCUCUGAGCUUGCCCUGCUCGAGCUUGACUCGCUCCUCCUGACUGCGCUUGAUUCGGCUCAUGUGGAUUGGACCAACGGAGGUUCCAUUCUUCAUGUUGUCUUUGCUGUUGAGCGCUUCCUUGCCUCGCUUCGCACCAAGGGCGUCUUCUUCCGUGUCGUCAUGUUUGUCGCUCACGAGUCGCUCCUCUGGUCGGCCUCGCCGCUCAUGCGUCUCGUCCGCUCGCUUGUCGUCCUCCACCUCCGGCUCAACACCGAUGUCAACAUCGAUGUGCUCGACUCGUGGUUUGGUCCCGAGUGGGAUGAGUACCUCAUCGACAAGGAGCCCGCGUUUAUCGUGGUCCAUGAGGGUACGACCAAGUUCCUCUCGACCACCUUUGCCGACGCCGACGCCGGCGACGAGGAGGAGGACAAGGGUGCGUUCCCCAACCCGGAGGCCGCGCGUGUUCUCCACGCCUUUGUGCUCAAGGCUCUGCUCAAGCGGUUCCACUGCGUCUUUGCCGCAGGCCUCUCUGAGCGGAACAACACCAUUUCGGGCUUUGUUGUCCGCGCCGAGUCCGAGUUCUUCUCGAUGAAGCCGAUUCUCCCGAUCAUGGACGCGGUGCUUGUGGAGAAGACGGCUGCGGCGCAGGCGGCGCUUGCCGAGGCUGACGCUGCGCUGGCGUCGGUUCCCGAGGCAGCCGCAGCUGCGGUGGGUGCUGACGGUGUGGCCGGCGCGUCGGUUAGCUACGCGACGGGCGUGGCGGCUGUCAAGUCGAUUGUGGCGGCCAAGGCUCAGCUUCCGGCCGAGCUUGCGGCGGUGGUCGAAGAUCUCGCGCGCAUUUUCCUCCUCUCGCUCGCCUUUGUCCACCACGGCCUCCCGCUCAAGUUCCGCGGCCAGGCGCUCGACGCGCCUGUUUCUGCCGCGCACUACGCCGGUCUCCUUCCGUUUGUCUCUGCUGUUGCCGAGCGGUCCGUUGCGGUCUUUGGCUUCCCGCUGGCGGUCAAGGGCGGGCUCCGUGAGGGCCUUGCGGGCGUGAUCGGAGCCGACGGUGCGCGUGCGCGCGAGCUGGUCGACCUGGCCGACUUUCGGCUCUGCGCCCUGCUGCUCAACGUGUGCACGCAGAAGCCGUCGCUGGCGACAGGCGCCAUCGACGACUGGGGCGUUCCGGCCGAGGUUGUGAACGACUACGCGGCGCUGGCGGGCGCGGCUGGUCUUGCUGCCGCGCCGCUGCUUGCGGUCGGCACGACGCCGACCGUCCCGCACCAGGUCUCAGCCCACACCCGGCGGGUGCGUGCCAAGGCUGCGGCCGAGGCCGAGGCGCUGGCGAACGGCCCCAAGGCCAAGGUCGCACCGUCGCGGGCCGACUACCUCGCGGCGCAGGCUGCCGAGGCGCAGGCUGCGGCCGAGGCUGCGGCGACGCCUGCUGGCGAGUCGUCGUCGACCGUCGGCGGUACCGGCGCGGUGGCGGUGGAGGCCGACGGCGACGGGUCCGACGACGAGUCGUCGUCGGGCGGUGCGUGGGACGACGACCUCACGUCGUCGGACGACGGUUCCGACGGGCCUGCCCAGUCGUCGGGCAAGGGCGGUGCGUCGGACGCGGCUGGCAAGGAUGAGGCCGACGAGUCGGACGGGUCGUCGGAGACUGACGACGCGUACGCCAACGCGCCCGAGGCGCCGCGGGCCGAGCUCCUCUAUCCGGUCCACAACGAGCUCCUCGACGCCAUCACCGACUACAAGGGCGUGGACCUGUCUUACCUGCACCCGCGCGACGCGCUGACUGAGCUCUCGGGCAUGCCUGGAGCGACGUUCUUUGACCGGACGCGGUGGAACCCAGCGACGCGGCUGGUGGAGACAUACCUUGAGGACGAGGUCAUUGCUGACCCGGAGCCGAUGGACAAGGAGAACAUCUCGUGGCUUAACGCGGGGUACAAGGCGCUGCUGACGUUUGAGAAGCGGAAGCGGACGCAGUACCUCAAGACUCUUGUCCGGCGGAUCUACGACAAGGACAUCAAGACUUGGCCCGAGCCGCCGGAGGGUUCGACCGAGUUUACGGUCGACGACGCCACCGACGCGCUGCGCAAGGAGGUGGAGGAGGACAUCCGGGUCUACCGCCGGCAGUCCAAGUUCCUCUGGCACGUCAAGGGCGAGUCUGUCAAGCUCGCGCGGAAGCACGCCAACCGGGACUCUGCGCUCCGCGGCGACCAAAAGUACACCUCGUUCCUCCACAAGUACGCCGAGUCGCUUACGGGCUCGCUCAAGAUGCACGCCAACCCGAUCAUCAUGAAGUCGAACGACGGGGCGAGCUCGUCGAGCUCGGCGCCCAAGGCCCGGCACCACAGCAAGAAGGGCAGCUCCAAGGGCAAGAAGAGCAGCCAGAACCCCGAGGCGACCGGCGCGUCGCGCCGGCUUACCGCCAAGCAGAUCAAGGCCUUGUCUAAGACCGACCGCAUGAAGUACGAGAACGAGCUGAAGCGGAACCGCGAGCGGCUGCAGCACACGCUCACCCAGUGGGUCACCCUCCACAAGCAGGCGCAGGCGACGGCGGACCACGCGUUUGCCAUCAACGAGCUUGUUCAGCGCAAGUUCCUCGACCACGUGGCCGUCGACCGCAAGACCGAGGUCCACGUCCUCAAGUCCAAGGCCUCGCUCUACACGCUGGCGCGGUACUGCAAGCUUUGGCGCGAGGAGCGCAAGGCUGCGUCGGAGCUGGGCGAGGUCUCGCUGGCCGACCGGAAGACGUUCCCCGACGCCGCCGAGGUGGCGACGGCGGUCACCAUCUUCCGCCUUGUCUUUGACAUUCUCAACACGUACGGUCCGUCGUCGGCAGACUACCCGCGGGCACACAACGUGCUCGACGAGCACGACGUGACUGGGCUUGUCUUUGCGCUCCGCUUCAUCGGCCUCGGUGAGGUGGCCGCUGCGGUCGAGACGCGGGUCGCGGGCAAGCUCCCGAGCCUGCUGGAGAUCCUGGGCUUCUCGGACGAUCCGGCGGAGCGGACCGAGUCGGACGAGUCGGUCAUCAACGUGCUCGAGGAUGGUGCCCGUGGCUUUGGAUCGGUGGAGGAGUUCCUGGAGAUCAACGCCGAGGACAACGCCAACUUUGAGCUGACCUCGGUCGGCCUCUCGUCGGCGCGGUUCCAGCUCGUGUACCAGGGUCACCUCAUGGAGCGGCCGCGCGGGCUCAAGGCCGACCCGCGGGCCAAGGGCUUUGUGCCCGACGAGUGGCAGGUCAAGCUCCUCGACGCGGUCGACCGCAAUGACUCUGCGCUGGUGUCUGCACCGACGUCGUCGGGCAAGACGUAUGUCUCGUUCUACUGCAUGGAGUCUGUUCUCACUACGUCGCACUCGGGAGUGGCCAUCUACAUUGCGCCGACCAAGGCGCUGGUCAACCAGGUUGCGGCGGACGUGUACGCGCGGUUUGGCAACAAGGACUACCCGCAGACCUCUGCCGGCAUGUCUGUCUACGGCGUGCUCAUCACGGUGCCCGAGAUGCUCGAGCAGCUCCUUCUUUCGUCGGCGCCCAAGGUCCGCGAGUGGACGACGCGGAUCAAGUACUGCAUCUUUGACGAGGUUCAUUCGAUCAACAAGUCUGCCGGUAAGGUGUGGGAGCGGCUCCUGCUCCUCAUUUCGUCGCCGUUCCUUGCGCUCUCGGCGACAAUCGGUAACCCGGACGAGUUCUGCCAGUGGCUCCGCGACAUUCAGAACGCGAAGCGCGAGCAGGAGCUUGCGAUGAUCAAGCUGACCAAGAAGGAGAUUGCGUCCGGGGUCAAGCCUGAGGACCGGCUCUCGCGUGGCUACGGUGUGACGCUGGUCAAGCACCCGCACCGAUGGGCCGAUCUCAAGAAGACGGUCUUCCUCCCCUCGCCGUCGACCGACGAGGACCGGACGGUGGUGACGGCUGAGGACGAGAUCACGUCGUGGUCGUGGUCGGUCAUCGACACGGUCCACCCGCCGCUGGAGGACAUCAACACCGAGGCGUUUGUGCCGGUCCACCCGUGCGCCACGCUGACGACGACCAAGCUCUCCGGUGACGAGGGUGUGCCCGGCAACCUGGCCUUUGAGCCCCCGGACACGCUUGCGCUCUACGACCGCAUGGUGGAGGUCUCGGCCGAGGACGGGCUGGACGACACCGAGCUGACUGAUGCGCUGGUGCCCGAGAGCGUGUUCCCCAUUGCGGCGGCGGUGACGCGUGACGAGGCGCGUGGCUGGGAGCUGGACGUCAAGGCGCGGCUGGAGGCGUGGAUGCGCGAGGGCAGCGAGUCGUCGGUGGGCAAGGUCCUCGCGGCGUUCUCGCGGCCGCUCAACAACACGGUCAACGCGCGUGUGGACGAGGCGCUGACGGCCGGCGUCAAGAUGGACUCUGACGAUUUCCUCAAGGAGCACUUUGUGGAGGUGGUGACCGCCCUGGCGGCGACGAAGCGGCUGCCGGCGAUUGCGUUCAACUUUUCGCAGGAGAUGUGCGUCUCUCUGGCUGCCACGGUCAUUUCGACACUCAUGGAGUCCGAGGCUGCGGCACGCCAGGCGUCGUCGGCACAACGAUCGGCCAAGCGCGCGGCGCGGGCGAACAAAAAGGCAGCCAAGAUGGCGAAGCGGAACCGCGACAAGAAGACGUCGAAGAACGCUGAGGAGGAGGCCAUGAUGGACGACCUUGUCGGCGCCGAGAACCAGGUCGAUGAGGACGUGAUCGACACCGAGGCGUUUACGCUUGUGGCGGUCGGCUCGUCAGUCGACACCGACGACAUCAAUGCCAUUCUCCGCGGUCUGCAGAUCUCCAACGAUCCGGCCAUCGACGACAUCCUCAAGGAGGGCCUCCUCCGCGGUGUCGGCGUCCACCACGCCGGUCUCCCGCGCAAGUACCGCGAGGCUGUGGAGCGCCUCUUCCGGGCGCACUACCUCAAGCUAGUGGUUGCGACCGAGACGCUGGCGCUCGGCAUUCACAUGCCGUGUAAGACCGUAGUUUUUGCCGGUGACUCGAUCUACCUCGACUCGCUGCAGUACCGCCAGAUGGCGGGUCGCGCCGGGCGUCGUGGAUUCGACCACAUUGGGCACGUUGUCUUCUACGGAGUGGCGCUGUCCAAGGUCAACCGGCUGCUCUCGGCCGAGACGCCGCACCUCCGCGGGCACUACCCGCUCUCGGAUACGCUUGUGCUCCGGCUCCUCUCCAAGGGCAAGGUUUCGGACGACGCGACGAUCGAGUCAAACUCGGUCAUCAACGCGGCGGCGACGCUGAUGGACCACCCGCUGUACGCGCUCUCGUCGACCAAGUCGCACAUUGGGGCGCAGAUGCGGCUCCACUUCCGGUUUGCGGUCGAGCUCCUCGCCCAGCGGCUGCUUGUCAACGUGGAGGGUGCGCCGUCGGGCCUCUCACAGAUGGCCAUGGCGCUGCACUCGGAGGGCCCGUCGUCGCUCGCGCUCAUCCACCUCCUGCAGACCGGCAUGCUCCACCGCCUGGCGGCGUACGAGCUGCAGCAGGCCGAGGUUGCCGAGGCGCACGAGGCCGAGGACGCCGAGGCCGACGUCUCCAUCCUCAUGCUCCUUGUGUGCUACAUCGUGGGGCGCGUCCCGGUCCACCCGUGCACGCUCAAGUCCAAGGAUCCUGCGGCGUCGCCGGUUCUCCCGCCGAUCGACGAGGCCCUGCUCCCGGCCAUUGCCGACUACAACUCGACGACGCUCGAGGUGUACACGCAGUACGCGCUCAAGGCUGCCGAGCUGGUUCGCAAGCUUAGCAACAAGGCCGUCGACGACCCGGAGCCACUCCCGGUCUCGCAGUUUGAGUUCCCGGUCGGCGCGCCAGGCGCCGAGGACGCGUACGCCGCGCUCGCCCUCUCCGACUCGGUGGAGGCCACCAAGGCGCGUUCGCCGUUUGUCGCCCUCUCGGGCCUCGGCGACUCGUUCCUCAACGCCGACGAGCUCGCCUCGUCGCUCCGUGCUGGCAUCGAGCUCGACGCUGGCGCCCUGCCCACGCUCGACGUCGAGGGCGUGCACCUCAACUCGUACCUCCUCGACUUCCUCACCGGCCUCUCCAAGCACGACAUUGUCGAAAAGUCCGGCCUCACCCUCUCCAACGUGUGGAAUGCGCUCAACACCUCGCUCAUCUUCCUCAAGACACUUGUCGAGGGCAUCGACGACUACGUCGACGCCGAGCCGAACCGCGACGUCCUCUACCGCGUCCUCAAGGAUUACUCGGACCGCAUGCUCGCCCGCUUCUACGGCCGCCGCAGUGUCGCGUAG